AUGGCUGAGGAGCCAAGAAGAGUUACUCUGGAAGACUACUCAAGGUCAAGUGUGCUGCAAUUUAUUACUAGUAUUGCUCGGCUGGAAGUUCAAGCACAAAAUAUCACCUAUCCACACUCAUUAAUCCAGUUGAUACAGAACAAUUUGUUUCAUGGUCUGCCCAACGAGGACCCGUACGCACAUUUAGCCACUUAUAUUGAAAUUUGCAACACUGUUAGAUUGGCUGGUGUGCCUGAGGAUGCUGUUAGAUUGAGCUUGUUUUUGUUUUCUUUGUUUGGAGACGCUAAAAGGUGGUUUCAUUCGUUUAAAGGAAAUAGCCUCAAGACUUGGGAUGAAGUAGUUGAGAAAUUCUUGAAGAAGUACUUCCCAGAGUCUAAGACAGCUGAAGGGAAAGCUGCCAUUUCAUCCUUCCAUGAAUUUCCAGAUGAAUCUUUAAGUGAGGCAUUGGAAAGAUUUAGAGGCUUAUUGAGAAAGACACCUACUCAUGGAUUUUCAGAACUGAUACAGCUCAACAUUUUUAUUGAUGGGUUGAGACCGCAGUCCAAGCAGCUUCUUGAUGCUUCUGCAGGGAGAAAGAUCAAAUUGAAGACCCCAGAAGAAGCUAUGGAAUUAAUAAAGAACAUGGCUGCUAGUGACCAUGCAAUUCUACGUGAUAGAGCCCACAUUCCUACCAAGAGAAGCCUGCUAAAGCUUUCAUCACAAGAUGCAUUGUUGGCACAAAACAAGUUGCUGUCCAAGAAAUUGGAAGCAUUGAUAGAAACACUAAGUAACCAACCAACUCAAUUAAAUUCUGCACAACCUUCACCCUCUGCUAUUUUGCAAGUUGCAGGUUGUGUCAUAUGUGGUGGAGCACAUGAGUCCGACUACUGUAUUCCCCAAGAAAAAACACCACAUGAAGUCAAUUGCAUGGGGAACCAGCCAAGACAAAAUUUCAAAGUAGGUGGAUAUUCCAGAUUUCAGCAUGGCCAACCAUAUAAUUCACUGCAGGGACAAAGGAGGAAUCACCCUAGAAACCAGUUCAACAAAGACCAGGGUGGUCCAUCUAACAGGCCACAAUAA